UAUGUAUAGUUAUAUCGCGAGACAGACCUACAAGAAGAGAGAGUUCGAGUGUUGCGAGGUUUGGGGUCCGUUAGAGAUGUGAAUCGUAUCUCACAAGUGCUCGACUUAUCCAUAUCUGAUGAGGUUCGUAGCAAUGACUCAGUGAUUGCAAUGGCGUCCGUAGCGCUCACGAAGAAUGGCAAAGAUAUUAUGUGGCAAUUCUUCAAAAACAAUGUCGAUCUAUUGAAGCGUCGAUACGAAACGGGUCCACUCAUGUUUAGAUUAGUUCAGUACAUAACGGAAAACUUUGUGACCGAAGAGAUGGCCGUAGAAGUGGAGAAAUUCUUCGUCGACAAUCCAUUCCCGGGAACCGAACGAACGGUUAGACAAUCACUCGAAACCAUACGUUUAAACAGCGAAUGGUUGGCUCGCGAUCUGCCGGCCAUUCAAUCCUUUUUAUCCAAUCGUUUAUAA